AUGGAAGACACCGAAGCGAUCAUCUUUCAGUGCAUCCACAAUAUGGUUGUGCUUCGGGCUCUCUUCACUAUUACGCUGGCAGUGCUAGCAGCACCAGUGUGCAGCCUUCCCACAUGGAUGUGCAACGGGGACCUCGAGCAGGUGACCAUGAAGAGCGUCCAUUGUGAUCUCAGACAUCCCGUCGACGCCGCGGGAUUGAAGCCAGCUGACAUCGUCGAUGAUCUGAAGGAACUUACAAGCAAGGUACUGAGUGAAGAUGUUAACAAGGAGAUUGUGGAGGAUUUCAUAUUUCAUCAAAUCGCAACUUGCUCGUCGUCGCUUCUCAUGAUCGAUAGAAGGCUGUCAAACCGCGGGGGGUAG